AAUCACUGGUACAUGUAGAAAAACACGAGCGACAUCCAUUAUAUAAGUGCAUGCCUCAUGCAUCAGUUGUUCAAGUACUACCAUUAGAGAGGACAACUAGCUAUAUAGCUAGUGCUCGCAAAAAAAAGAUGCCUAUAAUAGGAAAGAUAUCACGUGAAGUUGAAAUCAAAUGUCAUCGUCACCUAGUCUUUGAACUCUACAAGCACAGGCCACACGACUCGUCACUCGUCCACCCUGAGAAGGUUGAAGCUUGCCAUUUAAUUUCUGGUCAAUGGGGAGUUCCUGGAGCUGUCAUUCAGUGGCACUACUACCAUGAUGGAAAAAAGGAAACUGCGAAAGAAAUCAUUGAAGAAGUUGAUGAUGAAUUACACAAAAUUGUGUUCAAAGUGAUUGAAGGAGAUAUCUUGGAGGUGUAUAAUUCCUUUAACUUCAUCCUUACGACUAAAGAUGUGGGCGAUAAGAAGUUUGUUAUCUGGACUAUAGAGUUCGAGAAGGCGAAUGCAAGCAUACCAGAUCCAACAUCGUAUCUGGACUUGGUUUGUGGAAUAGCUGGAAAAAUGGAUUCUCAUUUUCUCAAGUAA